UUUAAGUGCCGGGCAAUCCACGACACGCAUCUUAGGAGGCGCGUACUCCUCCCUCCAUUUUCAAACUCCGUCAUCUUCUUCUUCUUCUCGAUUCUUUCCGGCUCAAUCACUCUUCCCUUUACCCCUCCUCUCUGCUUUGCUUUUUCUCCCUCCGAUUCAAAACACAAGCCGAAAGGUGCAGAAAUAGAACCGACCCAAACAAAUAUGGAGCCUAUAUUUUAAAAUUGUUUUAUUUUAUUGUGGAUUACGUAGUUUAUUGGUAUCUACACACGAAUGCAGACACAAAUACAGCGGAGAGAUAAGGCAGUUCUGAUCUUGUUCCCUCUCGAUCUUUCCCCUCCUCUCUGAACUUCCAUAAAGUUUCGAUUUUUUUUGGCUCUUCCAGGUCCGGGUUUCUUUCCUCCAUUAUUUUUGUUUUCUUUAUCUUAUCUUCUCCCCUUUGUGUAGCGUUUGUUGGGAUUGAUUUUCCGGGGUUUUGUGUUGGUGGGCGGAUGUAAAUUUCAGGUCUUGUGGGUGUAUGGCGAUGAAAUUGCGAUGAGAUUUCGGAAUUAGGGCUUUAAGGGAGUGCUUCCUUUUUUAUGGGAUUUUGAAGGUGGUGAAUUUUGGUGGAAAAAAAGGAGAGAGUUUUGGAUGGGAAAUAAGUUGGGUAGGAGGAGGCAAGUGGUGGACGAGAAGUUCACUAGGCCUCAGGGAUUGUAUCAGCACAAGGAUGUGGAUCACAAGAAGCUUAGGAAACUCAUUCUUGACUCCAAGCUUGCUCCUUGCUACCCUGGAGAAGAUGAAUGUGUUAGCAACUCUGAGCUUGAGGAGUGCCCCAUUUGCUUCUUGUAUUAUCCAAGUCUCAAUCGUUCAAGAUGUUGCAUGAAAGGAAUUUGUACAGAGUGCUUUUUGCAGAUGAAGACCCCUAAUUCAACCCUGCCAACACAAUGCCCUUUCUGUAAAACUUUAAAUUAUGCUGUGGAGUAUCGUGGAGUAAAAACGAAGGAAGAAAAAGGAAUCGAGCAGAUUGAGGAACAGCUAGUCAUUGAAGCCAAAAUACGGAUGAGAAAACAGGAACUUCAAGAAGAAGAGGAGAGGAUGCUCAGGCAGAAAGAGGUGUGCUCUUCAAGCAGUAUCACCGGACCAAGUGAGAUGGAGCAUUGCUCAACAACAGCACCUUUAGCUACCGCUAUUGAAGGUUCAGAAGUUGUUACUUCCCAGGAGACUUGUUCUGCUCCAGCUACUCGACAAGCUUUAUGGUCUAGACAGAUCAGGGAUGAUGAAUUUGACUUGGAUCUCGAGGACAUAAUGAUUAUGGAAGCUAUAUGGCUAUCUAUUCAGGAGAAUGGCAAGCCUCAAACUCCAGGCUAUCGUGUUUUGGCUCCACCAGAACAAUAUGUAAGUCACGAUAACCAUGCAUCCUCCAUGGCCUCAGCGGGAGGAUCUUCAUCUUCCCCUUCUGGAGGUCUUGCUUGCGCGAUUGCAGCCCUUGCUGAGCGCCAGCAGAUGGGCAAAGAGUCGUCCAGUAGUUAUAGCGGAGGCGUAUCAUCUUCAUACAAUCACCAUUCUGCCUGCAGCAGAUCUCCGGAUAGGGCGGUGCAAGAAGAGAACGAAGAUUACCCUCAGAGCGAGAUGCCAAUGGAUGGGGAAGACAGGGAAUGGGCUGACAAUGGUUCAUCGAGGGGUGAAGCGGGAACUGGCUAUGCUGCCUCGGAUGAUGUGGGCCAGGAUCCCCCUCGAGGUGAAACUGAGAGAGACGGCUUUCAGCCCGUCUCGGGGCCCAUCGUUCCAGAAAGUUUUGAAGAACAGAUGAUGCUAGCCAUGGCUGUCUCACUUGCAGACUCACAAGCAAGGACAAAUGCACCAGAAGCAUGGCACUAGCACUUAAUAUAAGCUACUUAGGAUUCAACCAUGUUACUGUUUUUAUUUUAUUUUUAUUUUUAUUUUUUUCUCCCUUUCCCUGCUCUGCUACCCUUAUUCUGAUGUAGAAGAAAUGGAAUCCUCUUUUUA